GAAUCUCGACAAAAGAUCGUAGAGCUAGAGUGAGCAAUAUUUACAAAUGACAACGACGGGUCCGGCGAGGACAAGCUCAUUGAUGGACGAUCUCUUGGGACUCCUUAGAAUCCGCAUCAAACGUGGCGUUAAUCUCGCCGUCCGUGACAUCAAUAGCAGCGACCCUUACAUCGUCGUCAAAAUGGGCAAGCAGAAGUUGAAGACUCGUGUCAUUAACAAAGACGUAAAUCCAGAAUGGAAUGAAGAUCUGACUCUCUCCGUCACAGACCCCAGUCUUACCGUCCUCUUGACGGUGUACGACCACGACAUGUUUAGCAAGGACGACAAGAUGGGUGAUGCAGAGUUCGAGAUAAAACCGUAUAUUGAGGCUUUAAGGAUGCAACUUGACGGACUUCCUAGUGGAACCAUUGUCACCACGGUUCAGCCAAGUCGUCGCAACUGUCUAGCCGAGGAGUCUAAAGUCACUUGGAUCGAUGGUAAGCUCGUCCAAGAUCUCGUUCUCAGAUUACGACACGUCGAAUGUGGAGAGGUCGAGGCUCAGCUUCAGUGGAUUGACCUCCCUGGCUCCAAGGGUCUAUGAAAAUGCUCUUUACUAAUUACCGUUACUUUUUGAGGUUUUUUUCUUUCAAAUUGAAUUAAACCUCACAAUCACAACAAGUGGCAGAACCAUCUUGAUGGUAUAGUGAAUUAGAAGCGUGUAUUUGUCCAUAAGAAUAUAAGGAUUAUUGGAUUAAGAACGUUGAGGGAAGUUUUGCCUUUACGGUGAUGGAGUCAUGGUGGUGGAUAUUGUCUAUGUAUAUUUGGGUUA